AUGAUGAGCAAAGGAAUGAAUAAUAAAAUAGUUAUCGUAGGAGAAGGAAGAGUUGGGAAAACAUCUUUGAUUUUGAGAUGCUGUAAAGGAGAAUAUAGUGAUAAUUAAGAAUCGACUAUUAAUGCUUUUUAUUUAGAGAAAACAAUUCAAGUGAAUGAUACAGAAAAUCUUAACAUGUACAUUUGGGAUACUGCUGGAUAAGAAAGAUUCAAGUCUAUUACUCCAAUGUAUUAUCAUGAUGCAGUUUGUGCUAUUAUAGUUUAUGAUAUUACUUUCAAAGAAUCAUUUGAUAAGGUUAAAUUGUGGGUGACUGAGCUCACUUAGAUCUUAGAUACUAGCAAGUUAAUAAUAUGUAUAGUAGGCAAUAAAUGCGAUUUAGAAAAUAAUAGAUAAAUUAGCAAGCAAUUUGCUGAAGAAUACUCUUAAUCUGUUGGUGCCCAUCACUUUCACACUUCAGCAAAAAAUAAUAGAGGAGUUGAUGAACUGUUUCAAUAUAUAGGUCAAGAAAUUUUCAAAAGAAAAAAUACAAACGUAAAAAAAAGAAGAGGUCCUCCUAUAUUUGAAGAUAAGGCUUAAAAUUAAUAAAAUUAGAGAAAACCUUGCUGUUGA